UUUUGGUAGUGUUUGUGACAAUGUGAAUGGUUCUUUUGUGCCAAAAAAUGCAAAUAUUGUUCUAAAUUCGGUUCAAAGGUUGCAUGUUUAUAGCUGUGUUCAUUUUCAAUUAAAUUCGGGUGUACCCAGUGUAUGUGAACGUGGGAAAUUAAACAAAAUGGCUCAACCAAAUCAGCAAAACGGAAUGCCCCCUCAAAUGAAGCCCCCAAUCUACAAUGGAGUUCAUUCAUCGCAUUCGUCACGUGAUUCUUCCCCCCAUGGAAAAAAUAUACCCAUUUCGCAGCUGCCUCCACGCUCCGCCAUCCCCCCAACACAACUACCACCAUCUAGAUCCCCUAAUAUAUCUCAACAAAUGAAUCAACUCAACAUCAAUAAAUUUAACACUUCAACACCCAAUCAAUCACCGAAGCCAAGUGGUGUAGUCAACAGUGCGUUUUCAACAAUUGGAAGUACCCAAGCUCCACCCAGGACCACGCAAGCCCCACCCACCGGUUACAACUUUAACCAAAAGCCGCCAAGUAGUAGUCAAGGCUUUGCUCCGCCCACGGCGCAAACUCAAGGACAUGUACCAACACAAGGUUAUCAAACACCACCAACGCAAGGUCAAAUGCCAGUAAUUAACAAACAAGGUCACCAACAGCCUGUACCCCAAACCCAAAUGCCGCCAUUUAGCAACCAAGGUCGUCAGAACCCACCGACAAUACAAAAUCAAGGUCAGGCUCCGCUCCCAACACAAAGCAAAAUACCGCCGCCAAUUAAAAAUCAAAGUUUUGUUCCACCCCCACACAAUUUUAAUUCAAGUCCGAUUAAUCAAGGUGUGGCGCCGCCCCUAACGCAAGGCCAAAAUCAGGUUCAAGCCCCGUCUUCACAGAAUUUUAAUUCAAUUCCGCCUAAUCAAGGUUUGCAACCACCCCCAACGCAAGGCCAAAUACCACCUCCAAAUAGCCAAAUUCCCCAAUAUAAUAAUUUUAAUUCAAGUCCUAGUAAUCAAGGGUAUCGACCACCCCCAGCCCAAGCGCAAAUGCCGCCACCUCUAAAGAGUCAAGCCUACCAACCGUCUCCGACUGAAAAUAAUUUGCCUUCAAACCAAUUUAACAAUUCAAGUCCAAGACCUCCUCCGGGACAACCCAAGGCCAAUUUGCACUCGAACAGAUAUCCACAAGCUCCGCCCUCUCAGCAAAAUUAUGUUCCCCAAGCCCAGCCUAGUUUCAAUCCUCCAUCACAAAAUUACCCUGUCUCAUCACAGACUCAGCAACAGUUUUACCAACAAAACAGCGUGACUAAUUCUGGUUUUAAUAAAUUAUGGGGCCACGACCACUUCGAUCUUCUUCAAAACCCGAACGUUCUACCCCCAGAAAAAGUGGCGCCACCUAAAGUCUACUUGGGAAACGAGCUUCUUGAUUCGGCGAAUUGCAGUCCAGAUGUAUUCCGAUGUACGAUGACGAAAAUACCCGAAAGCAAUUCUCUAUUGCAGAAGUCUCGUCUACCGUUAGGAAUCUUGAUUCAUCCCUUCAAAGACUUGACCCAUCUGCCGGUAAUUCAGUGUAAUGUCAUCGUGAGAUGUCGCGCUUGUCGCACAUAUAUCAAUCCUUUUGUUUAUUUUAUCGAUACGAAGAGGUGGAAAUGUAAUUUGUGUUAUCGAGUGAAUGAAUUGCCGGAAGAAUUUCAGUUUGAUCCGGUUAGUAAAACGUACGGAGACCCUACAAGAAGACCGGAGAUCAAAUCGAGUACUAUUGAGUACAUAGCGCCAGCCGAAUACAUGUUGAGGCCUCCGCAACCCGCCGUUUAUUUGUUCUUGUUUGAUAUUUCUCGGCUUGCUAUCGAGAGUGGUUACUUGCAAAGCGCAUGUGCUGUACUUUUGGAAGAAUUAAAGAAUUUACCAGGAGAUGCUCGUACACAAGUCGGCAUACUUGCCUAUGACUCUGCUUUACAUUUCUUUGGGUUAGGAGAAGGAUUGAGUCAACCUCACGAAAUGACUGUGCUUGAAAUCGACGACAUUUUUUUGCCUUGUCCAGACAACCUCCUGGUGAAUUUAAAAGACCGAAUUGAUUUACUUACCGACCUAUUGACCCAACUACCCACUCGUUACAACAACAGUUACGACAAUAAUUCUGCGUUGGGGGCUGCGCUACAAGCCGCACAUAAGAUGAUGGGGGCGACCGGAGGUCGCGUUAGUGUCUUUCAAGCUUCGUUGCCUAACGUCGGUCCCGGAGCUUUGAUUCCGAGAGAGGAUCCCUCGCAGAGAGCUUCAACCGAAGUCCAGCACUUAAACCCAGCAAAUGACUUUUACAAAAGGUUGGCUUUGGAGUGUAGCGGGCAACAAAUCGCUGUUGAUUUGUUCGUACUAAACUCACAGUAUGUCGACAUGGCGACUAUAUCAGGGAUUAGCCGAUUUAGUGGAGGAUGUAUCUACCAUUUCCCACUGUUUAAAGCUUCAAGGGUGUUACAAAACGAGAGGUUCGAACGUUCUUUCCGCCGGUAUUUGAUAAGGAAGAUCGGGUUUGAGGCUGUGAUGCGUAUUCGGUGUACUCGUGGAUUAUCAAUUCAUACGUUCCAUGGUAACUUUUUUGUGCGUUCCACUGAUUUGUUAUCACUACCGAAUGUUAGUCCUGACGCUGCGUUUGGGAUGCAAGUCUCAAUUGAUGAGAGCUUGUCGGAUGUCCAAUCGGUUUGCUUCCAAGCGGCUCUUUUGUAUACUUCGAGUAAGGGAGAACGGAGGAUAAGGGUACAUACUUUGUGUCUGCCGGUAUGUGCGACCUUAUCCGAUGUUAUCAAUGCGGCCGAUCAGCAGUGUAUCGUGGGAUUGUUGGCCAAGAUGGCCGUGGAUAGGUCGAUGCAAUCUAGUCUUUCGGAUGCACGAGAAGCGUUCAUAAACGUGGCCAUAGAUAUACUUUCGAGUUACAAGUUUUCGCUAAAUAUGGCCGAAGGAGCGACUUCGUUACUAGCGCCUCACUGUUUGCGGUUAUUGCCUUUGUACAUUUCGGCCUUAUUGAAAUCAACGGCUUUUCGAACCGGUACUUGUACCCGAUUGGACGAUCGAGUCAAAGCAAUGAUCGAUAUGAAGACUAAGCCUUUAGGACAGUUGAUACAAAUGAUAUAUCCGGAUUUGUAUCCAGUACAUAAUUUGGACGAACAACCAGUAGUCCUAAAUAGUGAAGAGGAACCAAUCCCACAACCACCUCACAUGCAACUAACUGCGAGGUGUUUAGACUCCAAGGGUGCAUUUCUUAUGGAUACUGGGGAGCAUAUGAUUCUUUUAGUCGCUCCUGGAGUUUCUUCAGUAUUCCUAAAUGAGGCACUAGGUGUCAGGGAUUACGUAUCAAUCACUGAUGAGAUGUACGAAUUGCCCGUUUUGGAUAAUUUACAUAACCAAAGACUGCAUCAAUUUAUACAUUUUUUGAACGACGAGAAACCAGCAGCAGCUACGUUGCAUGUCAUUAGAGAUAAUAGUCCGAAUAGAAUAGAAUUCUACGAAAAAUUAAUCGAAGAUAGGGUAGAGAAUGCACUGAGUUAUCACGAGUUUAUGCAACAUCUCAAAACUCAAGUUAAAUGAAAAAAGGGGUUGAUUUAUAUUGAUGCAAAAUUGUUGCUCAAAAACGGGGGUAGGAGUCUAACGCGUCUAAGGUUUUAUUUUUAAGGUUGACUUUAUUUUGAUAUUUAUAUAUUGUGAUAUGUAUCUUUAUAUUCACAUAAAAUGUAUAGCAAUAUUUUUGCAUUAAUCUCAUGCUUUGUUUAUUGUACGCUGUUAAAACUCAUCGUUUCAUUAUUAUGUUUUCAUGUCUAUCGAUUCAUUCACUGUUAUUAGGUUCAGUCGCGUUAUUUUGUCCUACAGGUGUAUGAAAUUGUCUGUUGAUACCAAUAUAAGUUGUAAAAAUAAAUAAAUAUGUAUAUAAUGUA